AUGGCCUAUUUGGUUCCCAAGUCUGCGGGUGAUGAUUUCGGGAUUCAGAGGGACCAUUGCAGAGAGCUGCUUGUCUUUUGGUGCUUUGGAACUUACAAGAUCACAGCUAUGAUUGCUAAAAUCGGCUUGAUUUGGAUAUCAGCAGGAUUUCGUGCAUAUGGCUAUCAUUGUAAUCUACUUGUCUUCUGGGUCUUCGGGAUUUUCAUGGAUGAAGCUGUCAUUGGAUGUCGACAUGUUUUCGUGCGUAUGGCUAUCAUUGUAUGUGGUCUAUUCAGCAAGCCACUUGUCUUCUGGUUCUUUGGCUUAUCAUGGACGCAUCUGUCAUUGGAUGUCGACAUGUUUUCGUGCGUAUGGCAAUCAUUGUAUGCGGGCUAUUCAGCAAGCUACUUUUCUUCUGGAGUAUUGGGAUUUCUAUGGGUGCAGCUGUCAUUGGAUGUCAACGUGUUUUCGUGCAUAUGGAUAUCAUUGGUAAUUGCUGAUCCAUUCGUUCUACAACGCCUGCCAACCUCCGCUUUUAUCUUAGCAUGUGGGCUAUUCAUCAAGCUACUUGUCUUCUGGUCCUUUGGAAUUUUCAUGCAUGAAGCUGUCAUUGGUAAAUCAUUGUCCAUUCUUUUCAAUGCCUACUAUGCCUCUUUCAUGUGGGUCAUUCAGCGAGCUACUUGUCUUGUUCCCUUUGGAUUCUUGAUGGAUGCAGCUAUCAUUGGAUGUCGACAAGGUUUUAUUCAUAUGGCCUAUCAUUGUAUGUGUGUAUAUUCAGCAAACUACUUGUAUUUUGGUCCUUUGGAAUAUUCAUGGAUGCAGACGAAUCAUGUCAGGGUCAAAGAGCAACGUCUACAAAGCAUUCUUCAGUGUCAGCUUGCUCUAUUACAUCGUUCGAUUCGUUUUCGUUACUGUACCACCUAUUGGACACUUCCUUUUAUAGCAUCUGCAGCGGCAAGGCAACAAGUUCUAUACCUUUGGUGUCGCCAAGUUUUAUCUCGUCUUAUUGUGGUCCUAGUUGUUGACAACCCUUUCAAUGGAUAUCCUGCUACGCAUGCCUGUUAUUGGUGGAUCAUAUCAGCUACAAGCAAGAAGCAGCAACGAGCAACAGAGCCCACAUCUUUAGCGUCAGCAACAUUUAUUGAUCCUCUGGUGGUUCUCGUUAUUGGCAAAUUGAUUUCAAGAUUCUCUUCACCGCACGUAUCUUAUGGGUGUAUCACAUCAGCAACAGACAACAAUGUUGCAAGUCCUUUUGGUGCUGUCAAGGUGUAUCCAUCUCUCAUGGCAUUCAUCAUCAAGUAUCGCUUGGCGAAACGGCUAUCAGAAUUGGUCACUGGGUCGACAUCUCUACAGCAAGGAAUGUGUUCUGAUUACUGGGUGGCAUCAAACAUCGUGGAUCCUCAUAUGACACCGGCUAAGUAUUGCUUUACCAUUACCUCAAAGAUAAAUUAG